GAACUGUACAAUGGGGUGAUAGCGAAAAGCAAUUGAAAGGUUCUUUGCUGGUGUAUCUUGCGGAUACCCCGGCAGCAGGUGUGGCUAGUGGCUUCAAAGAGGGUGUAGGUGGGGCUUACCGAGGCUGUCGAACAUGUAUGAUCACCAAACAGGAACUCUGUCAAAAGGUGAACUGUAUGGCAUUAUCAUAGUAUAUACGCAUACAUACAGGAAACAGACAUUAAUUGACAUAUCCAUGCAUUGAUAUAGCUCCAGUGUGAUAAGUUACGUCCUAGGAGAAUUAAACAACAUCUCACCUACUGUGAGUUAGUCGACAGUGACCCUUCUUUCUCAAGACAGUUCGGAGUGAAUGGUCUCAGUAUUUUACACGAAGCACCUGGAUUUGAUGUUUGUUCGUGCUUCCCUCAUGACAUAAUGCAUAUCAUAUUUGAGGGUGUUUUGCCUCGUCAUAUAAAAGCAUUGGUUCGUUACUGCAUCUCUCAGAAGCGAUUUUUCACUCUACAACAGCUUAAUACCCAAAUUUCGAUUUUCAAGUAUGGGUACAGUGAAAAGAUGAAUAAGCCUCGACCUAUCGAUAGAGAUCACCUGACUGCAGAGGACAAAAAGAUUGUACAAUCAGCAUCGCAAAUGUGGUUGCUAGGACGGCUUCUUCCGCUUAUGGUUGGUGAAUUUGUUCCUAACGAUGAUCCUCACUGGAUCUGUUACUUGGGGUUGUUGUCUGUUAUGGUUCUGUGCACAGCAUUUGAGUUUACGAGCGAUUCUAUAGAGACUCUACAACUAUCAAUAGAGGACUACCUUCUCAGAUAUAAUCAACUCUAUCCUAACUCGAUCGCCCCAAAGUUUCAUUACCUGCUUCAUUUACCAACACAAGCUAGACUGUUUGGCCCCCUUCGUCAUCAGUGGUGUAUGCGCUUUGAAGCGAAAAAUUCGCAGCUGAAACAGUUUGUGGGAAAGAAUUUCAAAAAUCUCCCCAAGACUAUAGCGGAACGGCACCAAAAUUACAUGUGCAUGCACCUGUUACCUUCUCCUGGAGUGGAAAGGACCAAUUUCCUAUAUAGUGGUGAUGAAAUCCACAAAGUUGACGAGUAUCCCCUUGAGAGCUUCCACCCGUCACAGUUGAAAGCUAUCAUAAUGACAACGUUUCCAAAUAAGCUGUUUUUACCUGUUAGUUCUUGUGUAAAAUGUCUAGGACAAGAGUUUCGCCCAAGUGGAGUUAUCUGUUUGAAAAAACCUGAGGAUACAGACUACCCAAUCUUUGGUGAAAUCAGGCAUGUUGUUGUUGUCCGAGACUCAAUAUAUGUUGCUGCUCAACUUUAUACAACAUUAGGUUUUAAUUACCAUUAUUACAGCUAUGAGGUGUGCUUAGACAAUACUUACUCGGUUGUUCUUGUGAGUCAAUUAGCGUUAUACCAAGUACUUCACAAGUACACCAUUAAUUUACAAACACUGAUUGUUGUGAGGUCAUGUGACCAUAUAGAAUUUUUUGUUUAAUAGCAGUGAUGACAAGUGUAUAAUAAUUAUA